AUGGGAAAGCGCAAGGUCACCGCUCUCGAGAAGGUCGAUGCCGACUUCGCGACUCUUCAGUACAAGAUCCGUCGCGACCCCAGGUCCUACGAGGAAAACUUCCUGCAGCAAUGGGGCCAGUACGAGAGUCAGCGCGAGGUGUUCCUCGUCUCGCCGACGACUGCGACAAGAGACUACACCGAGUCCUUCCAUAACCUGGUCGAUCUGAUUGCCCACACCGCCGACCUCUACCCCAAGCACGCCGCCGCGUUCCCCAACGACCUGAAGGCGAUUCUGCUCCAGCACCAUGAGGUGCUGCACCCCGAGUUGCGCGAGAAGAUUGUCGGCAGUCUGGCUCUCCUGCGUAAGAAGGAAGUCAUUGACUCGCCCUACCUCUUGACGACGCUCUUCCCGAUCCUCGUUUCCUCGCCGAGCAAGACCCUCCGCACGCUCCUCUUCCAGAAGAUCCUCUCCGAGAUGCGUAAUGCCAACUCCAAGGGCACAAACCACCCGCUCAACCGCACGAUCCAGACUGUCCUCUACAACCUCAUCACAGCAGACCGCACUUCACCGAAGGCGCUGUGGGCCGUCAAGCUGACGAGAGAGCUGUGGAAGCGUCAGAUCUGGACGGAUGCAAAGACGGUAGAUGUCAUGAAGGAGGCGUGCCUGUCAGACAACGAAAAGGUUGUUGUGGGCGCCACCCGAUUCUUCCUGGGUGGUGACAAGGAGCGUGAGGAGAUGGAGGACGAGGACAGUGAUGAGGAGCAGAUCGAUCUUCAGAAGAUUAAGCAUCAAAUCGGCAUCAACAAGAAGUCAAAGAAGCAGGCCAACGCCUACAAGAAGGCCGUCGCCAAGGUUCACAAGCAGGAACGCAGCAAGGGCAAACCCCACCCGCUCAACUUCUCGGCUUUCCAUCUCCUUCACGACCCCCAGGGUUUCGCUGAGAACGUGUUCCAGAAGCACCUGCAGAACACCAAGGUGAAGUUUUCUCAUGAGAACAGGCUUCUCGUACUGCAGCUGGUCACCAGACUGGUCGGUCUUCACAAGUUGACCAUCGUCAGCCUGUACUCGUGGUUCAUCAAGUUCCUCACCCCCCGCCAAGAGUCUGUCACCUCUUACUUGGCCUGUCUUGCCCAGGGAACGCAUAACCUGGUCCCCCCCGAUGCGGUCGAGCCCUUGAUCCAGAAGAUCGCCAACGAGUUCGUUUCAGAAGCUUCCGCCUCUGAAGUCGCCGCGGCUGGUCUGAACGCCAUUCGUGAAAUUUGCGUAAGACAACCCCUGGCGAUGAGCGAUACACUCCUGCAGGAUUUGGUCCAGUACAGGAAGAGCAAGGAUAAGGGUGUCAUGAUGGCUGCCAAGGGUCUGUUGUCGCUGUACAGAGAAGUCGGCGCGGAACUUCUGAUGAAGAAGGACAGAGGCAAGGACGCCACCAUGGGCUUGAGAAGCGGCGAGAUGAAGCAGAGGAAGUACGGAGAGGAAGAGGUUGGCGGAAUCGACGGAAUCGAGCUGCUUGCCAAGUGGAAGGAGGAGCAGCGCAAGCUUAGACGCGAGGCAAAGGGUCUUCCGGCGGACGGCAGCGAUAAGGAGGACGAGGAGGACGACGGCUUCAACUCGGACGACUGGGAAGUUGACUCUGUCGGCAGCGAUGACUCUGGUGGCUGGAUCAAUGUCGAGCAUUCCGAGGACGAGGAUGAUGAGCCCGUUUCUAAGAAGCGCAAGACGGGCGAAGACGGCUCCGACAAUGAAGAUGAGGCAGAGGAGGAGGAGGACGAGGCAGCUGAGAUGGAGAGGAUACAGAAGCUUGCGACAACCACCAUCCUCACGCCCGCCGAUCUCCAGAAGCUGCAGGAGCUGCGCCUGGAGGCCAGCCUCAACAAGACACUGGGUCACCGCACAUCGAAGCGUGCAAAGGAGAUCGAGAAGGCGUUGGCUAGACAUCUUGACGAUGGUCUUACGGCAGAGCAGAUCGAGGCGCCUGCUAAGCUGCGCAAGACCACCAAGGAGGAGAGAGUGGCAAUGGCCAGGGAGGGCAAGCCCGACCGUGACGAGCACAAGUCUACGCAGGCCAUCCGCAAGUCCAAGAAGGAUGCCGAGGGCAAGAGUACGACGAACAAGGAGAAGGCGCGCCAGAAGAACUUCUUGAUGACGCUGAGCAAAGCCAAGCACAAGAACAAGCGUAGUUUGGUGCAGACGCGCAAGGUGCUUCAAGGCCAUAUUGACAGGAGUAAACGUGGCGGUAGACGGCGCAACGGCAUGUAG